AUGGUGACUUCCAGCAGCAACGAUUAUGAUUAUAGUUAUUCCUCCAGCUCCUCUGAAGAGGAUUUCAAAGCUUCUGCAUCCAAAUCGAAAACUAAGACAAAUCAUGCUGAGGGGGCAAAUCCUGACAUACCCCUUAAUGACCGGAGAGUCACUUAUGCUGAGCUUAUGAAGAGAAAAGCCGAGGAUGAUGAGGCGGACGACCGUCGGCGUAGAAAGGAUCGAAUCCGGUGCAGAAUACUAGCAGCUGAGGAAAGACACUUCAUCAAUUGCCCUGAUAGUGACUCCGACGAAGAAGAGGAUUCUGAUAAGGACAGUGAUGAUGAAUCUGAUAAAUCUGACAACUCGGAUGAAUCUGACGAGUAG